GGAAGGGCCGAACCACAGAUCCGGAGUAGAUCUUUGGAUGGUUCCUCAGAGGCGUUCUCUUUCUGGUUGUCCUUUUAUUUGGCAACACGAGAGUCCUCAUGGUCUGUGUUCAAGUUCUUGGAACUCUGUCUUUGGGUGAAUCUAACCUGCAUUAGAGGACUGCGCGGGGCCUUUUGUGAUACUGGGUACAUACGUGGGGAAGAUGUCAGAAAACAGGAAGCCGCUUCUGGGUUUUGUGCACAAACUCCAAGAUGCGAACGCAUCUGGGAGCUCAGGCAAGACUCACUGUCCUACAUGUCUGAGGCUUUUCAAAGUCCCCAGGCUCUUGCCUUGCUUGCACACGGUGUGCACCUCGUGUCUAGAAAAGCUCGAUCCAUUCUCAGUAGUGGACAUCCGAGGGGGUGACUCAGACACAAGCUCUGAAGGGUCAAUAUUCCAGGAAUCCGAGUUAUGCAGCCUGCAGCCACAGAUCGGCAUCCUCUGUCCGGUAUGCGAUGCUCAAGUGGACCUGCCCUUGGGUGGAGUGAAGGCUUUAACGGUAGACCACCUGGCCAUGAAUGAUGUGAUGCUGGAGAGCCUGCGUGGGGAAGGCCAGGGCCUGGUGUGUGACCUGUGCAGCGACAGAGAAGUAGAGAAGAGGUGUCAGACCUGCAAAGCCAAUCUCUGCCACUUCUGCUGCCAGGCUCAUAGGCGACAGAAGAAGACAACGUAUCACACCAUGGUGGACCUGAAAGACCUGAAAGGCUACAGCCGGGUUGGAAAGCCCAUCCUAUGUCCUUCUCACCCUGCAGAGGAGCUGAGGCUGUUCUGUGAACUCUGUGACCGGCCGGUGUGUCGAGACUGUGUAGUUGGGGAGCACCGAGAGCACCCCUACGACUUCACCAGCAACGUCAUCCACAAGCAUGGAGAUUCUGUGCGGGAGCUGCUUCGAGACACCCAGCCCCAUGUGGAAGCCCUGGAAGAUGCCCUGGCACAGAUCAAAAAUGUGAGCAAUGCCCUCCAAGAGCGAGUGGAGGCAGUGGCAGCUGAUGUUCGGACAUUCUCUGAGGGCUACAUCAAAGCCAUUGAGGAACACCGGGACAAGCUGCUGCAGCAGCUGGAUGACAUACGGGUCCAGAGGGAAACCGCUUUACAGCUGCAGAAAGCGCAGCUGGAACAGCUGCUGGCAGAUAUGCGGACUGGAGUGGAGUUCACCGAGCACCUGCUGACCAGCGGCUCCGACUUGGAGAUCCUCAUCACCAAGGGAGUGGUUGCAGAGCGGCUCAGGAAGCUGAAUAAAGUUGAAUACAGUGCCCGCCCAGGAGUGAACCAUAAGAUCUGCUUCUCCCCCCAGGAGAAGGCAGGCCAGUGCCAAGGCUAUGAAGUGUAUGGGGCCAUUAACACGCAGGAAGUUGAUCCAGCUCAAUGUGUCCUUCAGGGAGAAGAUCUCCACAGAGCUCGAGAGAAACAGACAGCCUCUUUUACCUUGUUCUGUAAGGAUGCCUCUGGACAGAGCAUGGGCAGGGGAGGAGAUAAUGUCCACGUGGAAGUUGUCCCCAAAGAUAAGAAGGACAGUCCGAUCAGAACAGUGGUCCAGGACAACAAGGAUGGCUCGUACCGUGUUUCCUACACCCCUAAGGAGCCUGGCGUCUAUACUGUGUGGGUCUGCGUCAGAGAGCAGCACGUGCAGGGCUCACCAUUCAAUGUGACUGUGAGGAGGAAGCAUCGGCCACACCCAGGUGUGUUUCACUGCUGCACUUUCUGCUCCAGCGGAGGCCAGAAAACUGCACGCUGUGCCUGCGGAGGCACCAUGCCGGGUGGAUACCUUGGCUGUGGCCAUGGACACAAAGGCCACCCAGGCCGUCCACACUGGUCUUGCUGUGGGAAGUUCAUUGAGAAGUCCGAGUGCUCUUUCACGAGUGGGCAGGGCGCCCCGAGGAGUCUGCUUAGGACUGUGGCGCUCUGAUGCUUCCUGGGGACAAGUCGGGCCAGGUAACCCUGAAGCUAGCAUAACUUCAGAUAUGCAGAGAACCCAGAGCUUGAGUAGUUCCAAAGAGACUGACAGAA